AUGGGUACGAUCAAAAUUCUGCCUUUUUGCUUCUUGUUCGCCGGAAUCUUGUUUUUCCGACCAACCACCGCCAGAUUCAUUCACCUUUCUGUUACACCAGAUAUAAAGUCUUAUGACUCCGAUCCAGCUUUAUCAGCUCCUGUAGACUCUUCAUCUUCUUUGGUUCCGGCACCAGCACCAUCGCUGGAGGUGGAGGAGAACGGCGAGAGUGGUGGCCAGGAGGUUCAUUCGGAAUACCAUCAUCAUCACUCCUCGGAUAAGUCUGUUGCCGGCGGAGAUGUGAUAAUCGGUGGCCUUGUCACGGCGGUUUUCGGCACGCUUUAUUGCUACAUUAGAGUUACGCGUAGAAAAGAUGGCGAAAAAUGA